UGUAAGAGAUUAUGUCUAACAGUGAUUUGGAUUUAACAGAUGAGGAAGAUGAGGAGGAGGAUCUAUUCGCGAUAGCCACCGCCCAAGUGAUGCGCAAAUCGAACAUUUAUAGUGCCAACGAUUUGCUGGAGUUUUAUGCAUAUUAUAAACAAGUCACCGAGGGACGAUGCCAACAUGCACGGCCGCCGAUUCUCCAGAUGAAGGCGCGCAGCAAAUGGAAUGCAUGGCAUGAUCUGGGUGACAUGACACGCACCGAUGCCCGUCGGGCCUAUAUCAAUAAGCUAUCGAAAUUGGAGCCCAAAUGGCUGGAUGAAACAAAAAGUGAACGCCAAUCAUCGAAUCAUGGACAUGGUGUCGGCCAAUGGGUGGUGCACUCCAUUGAGGCCAUGCCAGCGGAGGAAUUGAAGCCCGAUAAUGAGAAGACCAUGUUCGAUUAUGUGAAGGAGAAUAAUCUGGAGCGUUUGCGUGAACAAUUGAAACCAGAUGAUUUGUUGCUUCAGGAUGAACAUGGAAUGUCACUAAUCCACUGGGCUACCGAUCGUAAUGCAGUUAAUAUUCUCGAGUAUCUGGUUGUCCGUGGCGCCAAUGUGAAUCAGCGAGAUGCCGAGCAACAGACACCAUUGCACUAUGCUGCCAGCUGUGGCCAUGUGGAGGCUGUGCGCUAUUUGUUAGCCCUCAAUGCGGAUAUGGCGUUGUGCGAUGCUGAAGGUCAGACCUGCCUGGAUGUGGCCGAUGAUGAGAAGAUAUGUGGCCUGCUCAAGGAUGAGAAGAAGUUGCGCAAGGCGUCUGGUGCAACCUCCUAGAACCAACCACCUCCACACACGCAUACUAAAUCAUAAGUUACAAUUUCUUUCAUAACUGUUGGACAAAUAUAAGAUAUAUGUAUGUACAAAAGGGUUCGUUCGUAUGUUGUUUAAUCAGCUUCACUUUGAGUCCUUGUCAUUGAAAAGGCAAUAUAUAAUUAGAUAUUAUUAUUAUGAAGAUACAUUAACUUCAGUUUUAUUCAUUAUUAAAGGUAUAUUAUCAUUGA